AUGCUUAGGAAUGAAGAAAUCAAAACUUCAAGUGACACGUCCAACAUGCAUCAAAACUUUCAAAUUGUCAACCAUGGAAUUCCAGGCACUGUUUUGGAUGAUAUGCUUGAUGGGGUGCUUAGAUUUCAUGAACAAGACACUGAAAUCAAGAAAGAGUUUUAUUCUCGUGAUGUUACCAAAGGGGUUUAUUAUAACACUAAUUUUGAUCUUUAUGUUACUCCAGCUCUUAAAUGGAGAGAUACUCUUUCUUGUGUUAUGGCCCCUCACCCUCUUGAUCCUCACAAACUUCCUACAGUUUGCAGAGAUAUAACAAUUGAGUACUGUGAGUAUGUUAAGAAAGUUGGAACAAAUCUGUUCGAAUUGCUUUCUGAAGCAUUAGGCCUCAAUUACAAUUACCUCAAGGACAUUGAUUGUGCAGAAGGACUUUUCCUACUUUCCCAUUACUCUCCACCUUGCCCUCAGCCAGAAUUGACUUUUGGUGCCAGUUCACAUUAUGACAGUAGCUUCAUCACUGUUCUCUUACAAGAUCAGCUUGGUGGCCUCCAAGUUUUCCACCAAAAUCAGUGGGUUGAUGUCACACCGGUUCCUGGCGCCUUGGUCGUUAACCUCGGCAACAUGAUGCAGCUAAUCACAAAUGAUAAGUUUCUUAGCGUUAAACAUAGAGUUCUGGCGCACAAAAUUGGACCAAGAGUUUCGGUAGCAAGCUUUUUCAGGCAACAUCUUCCCCCUGAGAAUUCAAGAAUAUAUGGACCUAUAAGAGAGUUGCUGACACCAGAUAAUCCUCCGGUUUACAAGGAAACAUCAGUGAAGGACUUGGUUUUACACCACAAUGGGAAAGGGUUAGAUGGUACUUCUGCACUAGGACCCUUCAGGUUGUAA